CAAUUCCCCAAAGACAAUAACGGAGCUUUGUUGCUCAUCUUCCUCCCAAACACCUUCCUCCCAAACACAUCCACAACCCCUCUACAACAACCGCAACCAUGUCUGUUCCGGCUUUCCAGGAUAUCGCCAAGGCGGCGAACGAUCUCCUCAACAAGGAUUUCUACCACCUCUCUGCCGGCACCCUCGAGGUGAAGAGCAACACCCCCAACAAUGUCGCCUUCAAGGUCGCUGGCAAGAGCAGCCACGACAAUGCCACCAGCGGCACGAUCGAGGGCAAAUACGUUGACAAGUCCAAUGGCUUGACCCUCACCCAGACCUGGAACACCGCCAACACGCUGGAGACCAAGGUCGAGAUGGCCGACAACCUCACCAAGGGCCUCAAGGCCGAGGGUGUCUUCGCCUUCCUCCCGGCCACCCAGGCCCGCGGCGCCAAGUUCAACCUGCACUUCAAGCAGCCCAACUUCCACGGCCGUGCCUUCGUCGACCUGCUCAAGGGCCCCACCGCCAACAUCGAUGCCAUCGUCGGCCACGAGGGCUUCCUCGCCGGUGCCUCGGCCGGCUACGACGUCCAGAAGGCCAAGGUCACCGGCUACAGCGCCGCCGUCGGCUACCAGGCCCUGACCUACAGCGCCGCCAUCACGGCCACCGACAACCUCAGCGUCUUCGCCGCCAGCUACUACCACAAGGUCAACAGCCAGGUCGAGGCCGGCUCCAAGGCCACCUGGAACUCCAAGAGCGGCAACACCGUCGGCCUCGAGGUCGCCGCCAAGUACCGCCUUGACCCCGUCUCUUUCGUCAAGGGCAAGAUCAACGACCGCGGUGUCGCCGCCCUUGCCUACAACGUCCUCCUCCGCGAGGGCGUCACCCUCGGUGUUGGCGCUUCCUUUGAUACCCAGAAGCUCGACCAGGCCACCCACAAGGUCGGCACGAGCUUCACCUUUGAGUCGUAAAAUGCUGGCGCUAGAUAGGGUUGCGUUGGGUUUUGCGUCGGGAAUGAGUCUCGCGAUCUGAGCUCCGGGGAGGUCACCUUUGGUUGGGCACAACCGGUAGCCAUGUAUCAAUUCACUCAGCGUGCAUGUUUGGGACAUGUUGUACUGUACAGUAGACUCCUCAGCAGCGCAUAUGCGAAUUGCUAGCGAUGAUCCAUCUGAU